AUGAUAUGGAAAGUGCAGAUUCUGUCUAGAAACACUGGCGAGGGCUGGACACACUUAAAUACUAAUAAUUCCCUGGAAAUAAGAGUUGCCCUCAGAAGAAAUACAGUACGAAUAUACUUGAAAUUCUUCCGGUGCAGGGAAACUGUGGAAACAGUUAAAAUAUCAAAUAGCACAGUAGAAAUACAGCAGAAGUACUCAUCGCUGGGAAUAUUUACGAACAACAGGAAAAUCCAACUAAAGUUUGCUUCUGAGCAGGAAACACUUACUCUUCUAAACAAAAUAGUAUACGCGCAGCUGAUGUACACGCUUAGAAGAGGGCUCCAUGCAAUCACAAGAAAGCAUAAAAACCCUGGCACAUAUCAGACUAAAUUAUAA